GCCGCGAUUCAGCGCCGGGUGUAUGUCCCGCUCGCCCGCCGCGGUUACACCGACGUGAAAACACGGCGAACUUCGUCUCUUCGUUAGUUUUCCACCCCUUCCCUCCUUAAAUCCUUAGACCCUUCAGUGUGCGAACCACCGCUCUCUGGAAUCUAACAUCGAAUCCUUCCACUUUACUCGCUGUGUGCUCCUUUAGAAUCAAUUUCCAAACGAAGUGUGCGCGACUCGAACGAGAGAGAGAGAGAGAGAGAGUGUGUGUAUGAUCGAAAGAGGUGGACAUACCCUUGAUUUGAUCAACUCGUAUAACACGGGUCGAGGAUCCGGGCGUAGAAGGGUCGUUAUCGAAUGUUUCAGAUUCAUUGGAUUCGUGAUUUAACCGGGCGGAUAAGUUAUGAAUGUUGGGGAUAAUUGGGAGAGUUGACUGAUCCCGAGAUAGCCAGGGCAGCUCGUGCCUCGAGGGUAUCCCGCUCGAUUGGGAUCCGAUCGGGGGUAUAAAUAAGAAGCAGUGCCAGUUAUUUCCAUCGUGGCGCAUACCCGCUUUGCCUGUGUGUGUGUGCGUGCGUGUGUUCCGGGUGUAGCUGCGACGAAAGAUUGAUUGCGUUAAAGAGGAACUAGCGCGCGUACGUGAAUUCAACUGCCAGGUUCGAACCUCGAAUUGGUUUCGAUCUAAGCCGCGGAUUAAAAUUUUCUUCGGAUCUUUCUUUUUCCUCCUCCUAAUCUCGAAUCGUAAAAAUCAAUGAUCGUUGACCAGCUUCCUUCGUACGAACCUGUCCACGAAGUCUGUCUCUCUCAUCUUUGGAUUAUCGUCCAGAUGGAAUGAAAUCGUGGACGCGAGUGUACGACCCGAGACAAGGUGGAUAGGGGAACAGGGUCACCGGUGUUGGAACGUUCGAGUGGCAUAAUAGCAGUGCAAGUAGCAGCCGAGGUGUAGUUCGAGGGGGUGGAGAUGAGACGUCUGGAGGAAGGGGCCAACAUCGAACGAUCGAUCGCAAUUUCGACGAUAAUUGGUAAAGCCGAUGCGGCAGUCACCUCCUCCACGAUUGGACCGUGGAUUUCCGUUGGUAAUGCAUCGUGAAAGGGUUGCUGCGUGCGUCGCGGCUGAUCGUCUUCGAGUAUGAAAGGUGCACCAGCUCGAUCCCCCGUUAACGAUAUCGAUCGAAGCAUUUUUCACGGGGGGAAACUCGUGGACGACGUUUCGACGUCGGUCUCAACUCGAUGCAAAUUGUGAAGCAAUCGGAAUAAUUGCCGAGCGAGACUGAUGAGUUUUACGAGAUCUGGAAGAAGGGGAAUAGCAGUGGGAAAGUGGAUCGUUCGAGGUUUUUAGGAGAUAUUAAUGGAAGAAAUAAUUAUCCUCCCUUGACGAUGAAGGAGGAUAUCAAGUGACUCGAAGAGGCAACUUUUGAGCGAAGAGAAGAGAGAGAGAUACCGAUGAUUUCUCAUUUUCGGAAUCGGAUUACGAGAUUGGAAGGUGGGAUAUUUCGAACGAGCAUGGGGAGCAUCGUACAGAUUUUAUUAUGUAAAUAACGGUGCAUCGACGACGUAAAAUUAUUUAGGGCGUUGAACCGGUUUAACGAAACGUGUUACGUUUCACCAAGGCAAACUUGUAACAACAUUAACCGAGUGUGCGACCGAUACGAUUUUAUAUAUUUCCUUUAUGGAAGAAUUUUAACGAGCGCAUCUGAAUACAAAUAUCGAUAUUAUUAUUUUUUUUUUACUAUUCCACGAUCGCAAAGAAGGAUCGUAAAAUUUCUUCUUACACUUUUCACAAGUAUAUAUAUAUAUAUGAAACCACAGCGAAGAUGUGCUCGCCACGAUUGUGCCAACAUAUCAGGCGGAUUUUUCUCACAUCUGGAACGGAUGGGUGUACGCUUCUACACACCCGUGAAAACGUUUCUCCCGAAUCGGAUACGCGCCAUUAAAUCAACAAACAAAACUUCAUCCCUCUCUAGUGAAAAAUCAUCUACACGCGGGGGGAAAAGUGGAGGUGUGAUAAGAGAAACGCGAUAAAAUCGAAAAUAAAGGAAUGAUGGAGAUUUGUAUAUAAUAUAUAUGUAUAUAUAUCUAGAGAGAGAGAGAGAGAGAGUGAAGCAUCUCUGAUGAAAAAACGCGUGUCGAACAUGAAUAGUUUCAGUAGGUCACCACCGAGGGGAAAAGAAAGUUCGUAAGUUGGGGAGGGUGUUGGAUUCCGUGGCGAGUGCAUAAACAUUUCCCUCGUCCGCAAACGGGAAACGCAAGAGCAACGUGUUCGAUAGUGGAUGAUAAAACUUUUUACCCUCGAGAUAAGAUUCACGGGGAGAGGAUUCUUCUAGGAAAUAUCAGUUCGAAUCGAGAGAGAAUGGAGGAAAGGAAUCGUGAGAUAAUUUAGAAAAAUUGAAACGUUGAGAUGGAAUAUUAUCGAAAGAAAGAUCGUUGGGGCUGGAUCGAGAGAGGAUGAGAAAAGAAUCGAAGAAAAUUGUACGAAAUAAUUUAGAAGAGGAAGAAUUUUGUGAGAUAGAAAGAAAAGAAAAAAAAGAAUAUCAUUGAAAGAAUAUCGAAAGAGAAUAAAGAGAAGAAUAGAAACAAAAAAAAAUUGUGAAAUAAUUUAGAAGAGAAAAGAAUCGUCGGUGUAAAUUCGAAAUUGAAAAGUCGUCGCGUCGUGAAUUCUGAUGCCGAUACGCGGUGGUGCGUCUUAUCGAAACCGGGGCGAGGUGAUUAAUCGGCAUUGCGGAUACGUUGACGAGUCGAUGCAGCCGGACUGCACGGUUUGUCGGCGUGAUUCUCGUCAGUUUCGUUCUUCUUUCGUGCCAAUCAACGGCCCGACCCAAGCCAGGCUUGAAUGGUGUCUUUGGAAAGGCAAGAGCUCAUAGAAUCCCGUGGAAUCACGAACGAGAGAUCGAUUCGUUUGAAACUUUGACCAGAGAUUAAAGAUCCUAUGCUUUUUAGACAGGAGGAAAAUCUUCUAAAGAGAGGAAAAUCUGAAGAGAGGAGACGACGGAAGGGGGCUGGUACCGGCGGUGACCCAGAUGCGCACGCGACACGAAUUCUAGGGAGAGAGAGAGAGAGAAAAAACGACAAUAAUGAGGAGACCAGAGAUUAACUGCAACCUCGACAAUAAACACAUAAGACUGAUGUGGAUCGAUUAGAAUCGGAGGAGAAGUGGAAGAAAAAUAGAAGAAGAAGAGGAGGAAGAAGAACGAAGUAUAUAUUUUUGCGAUUCUAUUUUGGAAUACGCGAGGAGAUUGAGGUGAAAGAGAAGAAGAUGGGAAGAAAAAUGUCGAACAGUUUUUGUACCAAGAUUUGUACGAUGAAUUUCGAAGAGGAUUUUAAUUGAGAGAAAGGAGCGGAGCGAAAGGGGAAUCACAGAAGAAGAGAUGUCUCUGAAUCACAGAUAUUACGUAACCACUGUGCCGGACGAGGGAGAGAACAGCUUUAAAAUGCCCAGGGCUUCCGUGGUGCACAUGACUUCGACGGCGACGAGGCCGCAACACAUGUCACAGGUGUUGGCCACCCUGGCACUGUCGAUGGGGACACUUUCCUCGGGACUGGCAAAGGGUUACACCUCGCCCGCCUUGGAUUCCAUCUUGGACAACCAACCGCCUCACCUUUAUCAGUCGUCCAACAACGACACGUGGUCGGCUUUCUCGGUGACGCAACAAGAGGCCUCGUGGGUCGCCUCGUUGUCCAUGCUGGGCGCGUGGUUCGGCGCUAUGAUCGGCGAUUGGGUAAUGAGAAGGGGGCGUAGAUUGGCCCUACGCGUCACGUCUUUGCCCCUGGCCGUCGUCUGGAUCCUCACGGGGAUCGCGCCCUGCGUGGAACUGGUCUACGUGACCAGCUUCAUCGGCGGCCUCUGCUGCUCCGUCAUCACCAUGGUCGCGCAGGUGUACAUAUCGGAAAUCUCGAUGCCGGGCAUCAGGGGUUGCCUGUCGGCUAUGCUGAAGGUGCUGGGCCACGUGGGCGUGUUGUUGUCGUACAUAGCCGGCACGUACUUGAAUUGGAGGCAAAGCGCCCUCCUGGUGGCAAUAGCGCCCUCGAUGCUCUUUUUGGGGACCCUGUUUAUACCCGAGACGCCGUCGUAUCUCGUUCUGAACGGGAAAGACGACGAGGCUGCGAACAGCUUGCAGUGGCUGCGCGGCGAUCACGUCGACAUACGUCACGAGCUCCAGGUGAUCAAAACGAACAUUCUCGCGUCACGGGCCAAGCAGUACGAGCUCACGUUCAAGAACAGCGUGUUCACGCCUCGUUUGUACAAGCCCAUCGCCAUCACGUGCGGGCUGAUGUUCUUCCAGAGGUUUUCCGGCGCGAACGCGUUCAAUUAUUACGCGGUGAUCAUAUUCAGGCAGACCCUGGGUGGCAUGAAUCCUCACGGAGCUACCAUCGCGAUUGGCUUCGUCCAAUUAUUGGCUUCUCUGUUAUCAGGGUUUCUGAUCGAUAUCGUGGGCAGGCUACCGCUUCUGAUAGCCAGCACCGUGUUCAUGUCGUUGGCGUUGGCCGGUUUCGGCAGCUAUGCCUAUUACAUGUCCCAGACGCAAAAUCUGGGCUAUCCGGACUCGGCGGUGGUCGGCCAACACGAUUGGAUACCGUUGCUCUGCGUCCUCGUCUUCACGACCGCUCUGGCUCUGGGCAUAUCGCCAAUUUCGUGGUUAUUGAUUGGCGAGCUCUUCCCCCUGGAGUAUCGCGGCCUCGGCUCGAGCAUCAGCACCAGCUUCAGCUACUUCUGCGCGUUCGUCGGGAUUAAGCUCUUCAUGGAUUUUCAGCAGACGCUCGGUCUGCACGGGGCGUUCUGGUUCUACGCGGCGGUGGCCGUGUGCGGCCUGUGCUUCGUGGUCUGUUGCGUGCCGGAGACAAAGGGGAAGCAGCUGGACGAGAUGAACCCCGAUUACGCCCAGGCGCGGUAGUAUAAGGCCUCGUUAACGGGGGGCCUGUCGAAUUUCGAGAAAUCCAACAAACCCCUGCCGGGAGGAGCGUACCCGAAUCAGCACGAUCCGCGCGACUUGUACGACACGGGCUGCAACCCUGCCGAAACGCCGCCGACCCUCCGCGGCUCGCGGGCUAAUCGUCGAGGACUGUUCUCCGACUACUGCAGCAUAUUCGCGGAGAGGACGAACAGGAUCGGCAGGAACGUGGAGAGCUUCGUCCACUCCCGGGGAGGGUCUCUGUUCUCGGCAGGCCGCCGGGCCACGGACGAGAGCCCGUUCAAUUCCGCGGCCGUCCAUCGAAGGUCGUGCAACGGGGACGUGGCGAGGCACGACUACACCCGUUUCUUCAACCCGAUGGAGGAGGAGGAGGUGGAGGCGACAGUCUCGCGGGAGGAUCGUCGAGGAUCGUACGGGCGGAGGAAUCGUCGGGGGCGCGUGGGUGUCUAUCCUUCGGGGGAGGAGGGGAUCGUCGAGUCGUGCGUCGGGAUGGAGAUGAGACCGCGGCGGGGGACCGACGGGGGAGGAUGGAGGGCGACGAGCGUUUUAAACGGGAGUAAGCCGACGACGACGACGGCGGGGAACGGGAUUGGUCGCGGAAGGGUUUGCAGCAGCUCGACUCUGCCCAGGCGGGGCAGAAGCAUCAAUUUCGGGGAUCAGCCGGGAUCGGAUCGGGUGGAGUCGCGGCGGGGCUAUCCGAGGAGGAGCUUGCAGGAUCUCUCGGAUCUGGAGGUGGAGGACGGGAGGGCGAGGGGCGGCGAUGUCGGGCCCCGCGUGGGUUUCGUGUCGUCGAGAGCAGCGGCGGGUGAGUGGAGGCGAGGCGAGGCGAGGCUUGGCUACGAGGACGACGGUUGGCAUCGGCGGCGAGGAUACGGUCGGGAGGAUCGACUCGAGGAUGAGGAUUACCUGAGACUGUACAGGAGUUUGUCCAGGCUGAGCAAAUAUCCCCAAGGGGGCAAGUACGAGCCCGGCCAGGUGCACUACGAGAGGGAAUGCAGGACGUUCGGCAAGGACACGGUCGCGUUCAUCUAUUACAAAACUUGCUACUUGUGAUCGACGAGGAGGGAUCGAUCGAGGAGGGGGUGCCAAGGGUGCUCGUUCCAAGGAUCGAAUAAUUUGUCUAGGUUGGGGGGUCGAGGAGGAGGUUUCCUCGGCUCCCUACGAUGUUUAAAUCUUUCGAGAUCGAACCUUUCGGCACGAGACACACUCGGGUGUUGCAAGCUUUCUUUUCUCGAAGAUCUCCCACCCCCACCUUCCUACCUUCCAGAAGAAAUAAUUUAUUUCCCGAAGAGUAUUGGAAAAAAAGAAGAACGCGUUGAUUUCUGUCCCGAGCAAGAUCUCAUUAGACGACGACGAUUAGGUUACCGAGUUCCUUGAUCGAUUUGAUACUUUUGAGCUUUUUCCGUUCGAUAGAAAAUGCAGAAUAUAUGGACGAGAUGUUUGAGUAAUUGUUCGUGAAACGAGAUUGGUCAGAAACGAACGAACGAUUGUUGUCCUAACGACCAUCUUAUUCGAAAAUCACGCGCGAUGGGUGUCGACAUUCUAAAGAAGACUUCGUAUGUAAUGUAAUAAAAAAAAAGAAAAGAAAAAAAAAAAAGAAAGGUACAAUUUAUACGACUAUAGAAUAGAGAUAUUAAAAAAAAAAAAUUAAAUAGGGGAUAAUUGUUAAAAGAAUAAGAAUACGUUCAAACGGUUAAUUUUCUCCUCCCCCCUCUGACCAGUUUUAUGCUCACUUUCGAUAAUUAUCGUAAUCGUAAAAAUCAAAGUCGACGAGUAAGAUCUCUUUUUCAAACGACACGACUGAAUUACGUAAAUUAGAUAGACCCAUCUUCGUGAUCUGCCUUGUGAGAAGAAACGUUCGAACGAUAUUUUGACCAAGAAGCGCAUUAAAUUAGCGUACAGUUAUUUUCAGUAGCUAUAUAUAUAUAUCAAACGAAUUCUUGCAAGUAUAUAUAUAUAUAUACAUUCGAAAAGAUGGAUCUCGUUGGAACAAUAAUAAUAUAUAUAUAUAAAAAAAAAAAAAAGAUAAAUAAAUAAAGAACGCUCUUCCGUGCAACGUGCCUUUUCCGAGAGCACGCAAAUACGAUAUAUAUAUACACAUAGACGUACAGAUAAUAACGCAGAAUACGUAUAAAUUAUACAUAAAAAGAAAAAAAAAAAGGAAAAUGAUAGUCGUACAUACAUACACGUGUAUACAAUAAAUUGUUUAGAAUAGAAUCGAUAGACUGGUCCGUCGAUUGUCGACGACGUUUCUCUAAACGUUUAAAAGAUUCACCCGUGAUAUUUUCAACUAAAAUUUUCAAGAAUUUGCAAAAUAACACGCGAGAAAAGAAGAGCCAAUUUAAAAUACGAAGCGUGAUAGCGUGGCGUAAAAUUUUAGAGAUCCGGUUCUCGUUCUUUCAAAAGCGUACCAUUGAUCUUCGAGAUGAUUUUCGUUCCAUUAAUUAUUCGUCGUUUUUUGUUUUCUUUUCAAAUUUAAAACCAAUAUCGAAAGAAAAUUAGAUUUAUUUCGAUGAUACUAAAUUCUAUUAAAUUCGAAUUAAUUUGCGCGGCUUCGCUCGCAAGAAAAACUGAAAUCUCGUUUCCGUCAAUUCUGUUAAAUGAGACAUGGGAAAUAAUGAAAAUUUCUAUUUUUCGUCGAACUAAUUAUCUAACAGAAUAUUUUUUUGUGUAAAAAUGAGGAUAAAAACGAAACGAUUGGAACGGUUUCGUGAUCGAUUUGUGCGUGACGGGUAUGCGAACGUUCGUCGCUUUCUCGCCAAUUUAACAUUAACUUCGCGCGUGUAUAUUGAUAUACACAUCUCUGUCGCAUAAACGCUAUCGCUUGGCAAAAGAAUGUAGAACGGAGAGAAACAAUUUAGACGCGGUACAGAGGAAGAGAAUAUUUCAUUUGUCUGACACUGUAAGGUAUAUAAAUACUCGAUAGGCCUCGUUCUACGGUUCUAUAUACGGCCGCCAUUGACUUAAUGAUGACAAUAUUAUUAUCUGUAGAUAUAUUAUACUACGCGUAUCUUUCACACUAAGUACCUAUUGUAUAAAUCGAUUAUUAUGUGUACAUUGUAUACAUUGUAUACGAACACGUAUAUGAUAUGGACGUCGUGUUCGAACACUGUGAACAAAUUUUUCGCGACAAUACUGUAUAAUUAAUUAUCGCCACGAGACACGCGUGCGUUAUUAGAUUUUGAGGAAAAAAAAAAAAAAAAAAGAAAAAAUUGAUCGAAAAAUUGGCAAAAGUUUAUCCUGUAACUUCGACGUCAGUCGUGUUUCUUUUUUUUUUUUUUUUUUUUAAUAUUUGGAACAUUUAUAAGAAGAGGUAAGCAAGAUUUCGAGAAUUCGACUGUCGUCGAUGGGUGGAUGGGAUUUUUGUAUAAACUUCGUCGAGAUAAGUGUUGCGAAUGCAUAAAAUAAUAUUCGUGCAAUGAUAGAUCCAAGAGUGGAAUCCUUUGGAGGAGGAUAUUCGAGGAAAUGGCAUUUGUAUUUUAUAUUUUUAUAUAGUUUGUAGAACUCGUCAGCGUCGACUUUGCAGAAUAUUAGCGGUCUGCAUCUGUGAUCGAACGCCUAGUCUUCACGGAUGAAAAUAUUUUUCGCGAAUUAUUAUUGUUUCAUGUUGCGAUGCAAAGAGAUCGCGCGUAUUCAGAACGAAGGAAUUCGUUUCUUCAAGAGUUUUCGUUACAAAUUGAAUCCUAAUCGAAUCGUUCUGAUAUUUUUCUAAAAAUGUAUCCAUAUCGUUGCGUAAAACUAGUAUAGAUUCAACGAAUUCUAAUUAAUUCUAAUUGAUUAAGCGCCCGACGUCAGGGAUAUUAAAUUGUCGACAUAUCAAAUGUUCACCUAUGUUCCGCGAAACGUUCAAAAACAAAUUUCAGUUUCAAAACGUUUCGAGUCAGUUCAAUAUUUUUUUCCGUGCAGUCUAUCGGCAGGAUUUUUCUUACAUCUUUAACCGUUUUAUCAUCCCGUGAGUCAUAUCCCUGCCAUAUCCAAUAUUCUAACGAAGAGUGCUGAAUUCUCUGAUCUGUCAUGGAUAAUAGAGAAUCGCGUACUUAAAAAUUAAUCGAAACCAGAGAAAGAGAAAUUAAUUAUCAUUGAAUCACAAAUGGACAAUGAUCUUUCCUUGGACACGACUUAAAAAAUAUUUUCAAGCCUCGAUGCUUUCGUUAGGAUAACGAUGAUAUUAAAAUUCAACACAUAUCCCUUAAAGAUUAAUCCCGUAGAAUUUCGUACGAUUUUUCACAUCACUGUCUACAAAUGAAGAAUACGGAGAGCGCAGCACCUUCGAAUCUCAUACCUAUUUAAAGAUAUAUCUUGUAAUGCUCAAGGGCUUGGACGCAGUAUUGAAUAAUAAAAAAAAAAAAAACUUUACAAUUAAGUUAACACAGGUGCAAUGCUCGUGAAACGAGUGCACAUAGGAUAAGAAUUUAAGAAACGAAAAAAAAGAAAAAUCGGGAUUCUAUAUAUAUAAAUAUAUAUACAUACAUAUUAUAAAUUGUACAGAAUGAUUAUUCGACCAUUGUAAGACUAUCUCGUUUCUCUUUAGUGUACUGCGCCGAACAGUUACAUAUAUAUAUAUAUAUAUAUAUAAACUUUUUGAAAAAAAUCACUUAGCGGAACUGGAUAAGAAAUAGCGGAUAAAUUCUUUGAAGCAACUAUAAAAGUAGUAACGGUAAAACCCAAUUCUUUCCUCAAUUAUCAAAGAUAUCCUUUCUUUCGACUAGUUAAUAGCUAAGCGAAUUAAACUCACAGAUACGCAAUGAGCGAAACGACGUAAAAAAGAAAAACAAAAAAAAAUAAAAUCUGCACUGUGCACUUUCGUGAAUUGAAGGUAUUAUCGUAAUCCUUAGAUAUAGCGAUCAGCGAGUCAAAAGUCAGAUUAGAAUUCGUAUUAAUGCACGCAUAACUAUGUAAUUAUAAUUUCGAGAAAUCGUAAUUGAUGAUGCAGGCCGUGGUAUGAUAUAAUCGGAAAUAAUCGGAUUUUGAAAAAUUCUAAAAAUUUAUAACCUUCGAUGAAUACACAUAUCGGGCAAAGUGCAAUUGAAAAAUUAUUUAUAAUUUUUUGUAUAUAUAUAUAUACAUAUAUAUUUUUUCUUUUUCGAAAAAUUCCGUGGCCCGCAUCACACACGUAUGUACAUUUGUAUCCAUAUACAUGUGUGUGAGAAUAUAUGUGCGUGUACACACUAAAAUAAGAGAAAUAAGAGAAAAUUGUUUGUAAAUUUAAGAUUAAGAAAAAAAAAACAUUUGCAAAAUAAAUAUAGCGCAUCUUAAUAUCGAAUAUGCCACGGCCUGUUGUAAUUAGGCUAUAUUUGUGUAAUUACGUCUUCUAUUUAUCGACAAUAAAUUAACGCGAACUAUUUACAAUUUAUCGACAAUAAAAAAUGGGACAUUCGAAGGAAGCGCUGGCCGUCACCGAAAGGGAUGUUCGUUUGUACGUAGAUAAAGCUAAAAAUUGAAAAAAAUAUUCCGAGAAAACGUAUUUUUCAAAAGCUGCAUACGUAUUAAGGAUAUACAUAGUAAUAUAAAUAUAUAUGUAUAUACAUAUAUAUAUUUGACCUAUCCUGAAAAGAUCGCGCCUAGCUUCGCUUGCUAGAUUUAAUAUUUUUGUAAUGAUGCUUAGACGUAGCUCGUUUGUACCUACGCAAAUUAAGAAACUUGUUUAUAAAUUCGCGCCCUAUGGUCAAAUUGAUCGAUUACGCGCGAAAUUCGAAUCGAAUCGAGCGGGUGAUUAACUCGCAUUGCGAUCACCAUAAGAAAAGUUAUAACUCGCGAUCGAGAUAGAAUGUAAUAUAAAUUUUGCGAAAAAAAAUUCGUAAUUCUUCGAUUGAAUUUGAAUUUACGCUUUAAUCAUCUUUCUAUUACCAAUUUCUUAGAUUAUGUCGUAUAUAGUUAUGCUAACCUACUAAUGGAACGAUUCUAAAAGUAAAUAAAAAUUCAUGAGAAUUCAUUAAUUCUCGAAUCGAGGUCAGUUGAAGAGAUACGAAUAGCACAAAACAAUCCUGCCGAUACGGUGGUAUGAUAUUUGCAUUAAAAGAGAUGUGCACGUGUCGAACGAGUGCAUUCUGUAUUUAUGCUACGAAUAAGUAUGUACUUAAAAAUUCAUUAGCGUCUGCAUUUAUACCUCUCUAGAAAUAACAGACGAUAUUGAAUAUCCAAGCGCUAAAUGACCUUCGGCGGAACCAACUACUUGCGUGUUUGUAUAGAAAUCCAUAUACACCUAUAUAUAAAAUGCCAAAAGAAAAAACAGACAUAAUCGUCAAA